CCAAAUUAAAGCACGGUGAAAUUUCGCAGCCAGUUAUGGACACGAACGAGCACGAUCCUAGCGAUGGCGAAUGGUAUCUGGAUCCUGAAUCACUGUACCAGAACCUGCUAGCCCAUAAGAUGAAUCUAGAUUUGGGAGCAGCUUCGAAACAAUCUGGAGAUUCUGCUGCUGAAAAAGCUCAAGCCUUACGGACUCUUCUAACUACGAACUCGUUCAGUGAGCAAACAAGCGAUUCCCAAUCCGGCUGGCACAUGGAGCGACUGGAGAAGUACACCGCGUUGAUGGAUGGGACAAUAGAAAACGGCGGACUUAACAAUCACCGGGGUGCUGUCGAGCAGCGUUUAACGGGAGUCAAUCCAGUCCAUUCGACGUGGAAAGUCGAAGAAAGCAUCCCGAGCAUGCCCACCGACGCCGAUAUUGAAGAGCAUAUUUUGUCGGCUGAACAGUUCCGAGCUGUUUACCAAGAUCCGCUGAAAGCAGCUCAGGCGAAAUUUUCAAGUGGAAUUCAGCCCGCAAGAGUUGUGGCGAAGCGAAAAGCCGUACCAGCGAAUUCCGGCUUCACCGUUCCCAGGAGAGACACUUCGCGAAUUAAUAAUCCCGCUGUUUUGCCCGAAAAGCUCGGACACAGUCAGAGUGGCUCUGUUGAAGGGCCGCGCCCACCUGAAUCGGAAACUGUUGCCGCACCGUCCUCAUUCAAAACUGCCAAAGAACAGCUGGUUGUUGAAAUGGUCGAAAAGGGUGAGACUGUUCCGGCUGAAUUGAAGGCCGGAGCGCCCUUUGUCGCAGCCUUUGAUGAAAACGAAAUGUCAAAACUAGUGGAGAUGUUUGAAGAAUAUGUGGUCACUCCGGAAGACCUUUGCGAUGUGGGGGAAGUAGUUGGUUUGGACGAUGUGAAACAAAAUCUGGAGCUGUCCGUUAUUUUGCCGUUAAUGGUGGAGUGUUCCGGACUUAAUAUACCACCCAAAGGACUUUUACUGUUUGGCCCACCCGGAACCGGGAAGACACUGAUUGGUAGGUGGGUUGCUGCGCAGUUGGUGAAAGGAAAUGACGAUUGGAAACGGACUGUGUUUAUCUCUGUUACCCCAUCAACCCUCACAUCGAAGUGGACCGGGGAGAGCGAGAAGUUAGUGCGCGCCAUGUUCCAGUAUGCCCGUACGAAGGCGCCGGCUGUCAUUUUUAUGGAUGAAGUCGAUGCCCUUUUGAGUCGUCGGAACAGUGAAGAACAUGAAUCAUCCCGACGAAUGAAAACUGAAUUUCUCGCACAGAUGGAAGGUAUCAAAACUGACAAAGAUAAGAAAGUGUUCGUCAUCGGCGCAACCAAUCGCCCCCAGGAAAUUGACGAUGCUGCACGGCGCCGAUUUACACAUCGAUUGUACGUUCCACUUCCUGAUAAAAUGUCUCGCACGCAAAUGCUCACACUGGAACUGAAUAAAGACACCCACAGCUUAACGUCUUUGGAUAUCGAGACUGUUGCUGAGAAAACUGCAAAUUUUUCUGGAGCUGACGUUCGUGAUCUGUGCAGAGAUGCUUUCCGGGCUAAGUUCAGGCGCUUAAGAGGAGGCAAAACAAUAAAGGAAGUGGCGAAAGAAUUGCAGACACAGAAGCAUCCAAUAACGUUGUCGGAUGUCAUUGAAGCCCUUAGCGGUCGCACACCUUCCGUCGAUAUUAACGUUCUAAAAGAGUACGAAGUCUGGAAGCAGCAGUUUGGAACGGGUCAAUUUUGAGCGGCAACUACUUGGCAAUCUGCGAAUUGCCUGCUCCUACAGAGUAUCCCCGUUACUUUACUCAGCUAUGUGAGCCCGUUGACGUAUUUCUGAUCUUUUCUAUAGUUUUUCGUUGUUUUCUAUGUUUUUUUUAUUGUAAAUAAAAUAAAAUUUUAGUGUUUUGGUAUUACGAUAAUUGCAAAACAUGGAAUUUCUUCCGCUGGAGAAGUAUUGUGGAAACUUGUACAGUAGUAAUAUGGUCAUGGACUUGUCGUUGUCACGUGUCAGUAGUGGUGAACGGUUUAAUUUCGGCGUUUUUUGUACCCGUUGA